AUGAACUCGAUUCGAGUUGUGCUCUCCGUCUGCGCUGCUUACGCAUACGAGAUGGAACAGCUGGACGCUGAUACAUCGUUUCUUAACAGUGAGUUGGAGGACCGUGUCUACAUGGAGCAAGCUGCAAGUGCCUGGAACAAGACCAUUAAUCGUGUAUUUCUCGACUGCGGUUUCAAAAGCUGUGGUGCGGACCAAUGCGUCUAUUUCAAGCGCUCCAAGAACAAUUUUAUUUACGUCUGCCUUUACGUCGAUGAUAUGAUCAUUGCGGCAAAGACUAGUGAUGAAAUUAGUGACGUGAAGGACGCACUCAAAAAUGCCUUCAAGAUGAAGGAGCUUGGACCGGCGAAGUUUAUUCUGGGAAUGGAGAUCGACCAUGACAUGACUGCUGGAACGCUUAUGAUCAAGCAAACGCGAUACAUCGAUGAUGUGGCAAACCGGUUUGGGCAAGAAAACGCUAGGACGGUGGACAACCCGUGUGCAACCGGUCUAAAGUUGCCAAAGUCGCAAUCGCCAGCAUCGGAUGCAGAACGAAGCAAGAUGCAAUUAAGAUCUAACCAUUCCUUGAUUGGAUGCCUGCUGUACAUCACGACGUGUACUCGCCCGGACAUUGCAUUCGUAGUAACGCAACUUUCUCGUUUUCUCGAUAAUCCUGAGCAGCAGUAUUGGAGUGCUGCUAUACGUGUUCUACGCUUCUUAAAGACGACCCACCAGCACGUGAUCAUCUACAAAGGUGGUACUAGCAGCGUCACAGCUGAAGCCUACUCGGAUGUGGACUGGGGAUCUAAUCUCGACGAUAGGCGUUCUUUGGCCGACGUACUGACCAAGGCUUUAGGAUCCAAGACGUUCAAGUUCCUGCGCGAUGCGAAUGGUAUCCAGUGCAAGAUUACCAAGCAGUAG